CCCUGCGCCUUCCUACUGGAUCAAGGCAGCCAAGCUUUCCGGUGAAACUAACCCACCCUGUACGAUUUCCCAGCAAACUCUGCGUUGAUGGCCUCGUACUUGAAAGGGGAGAGUUAUCAAAGCAGCAAGGACACCUGCGGCGACUAAACUUGCACUUUGGCCAGUCUAGCAAUGUUCAGUGCUCUGGUACGUGCAUACAUGUACAUACUUAUGCUAUUAGUUCAUCUGUGGUUAAUUUUGCACGUAUACGUACUAGCCAUCCAGCAAUCGAGAACUCCAUUGACUAACGGAUGCGCAAGAGAGUGCGUCGAGCCUGCAGCGCAGUUCUUGCUAUUAAUAGUGUAAUUACCUGUGCGCCACCCCUCUGUCGCUUCGCGUCUUAGCGUUAUGCGUCUUUCUCCAUCCACCUCUAUACUUCUGACCAGAGACGACCAAUAAGUAUACCAUCCAUGAUUUUGUAUUAGAAAAAUAGAGUAGAUAGCGGUGUGGAUGAAAUGCAUAAGUACUUGGUUAGAUUGCACAGCUCACGCUCACACGGAACUGAAAGUCACAUCUUAGUACUAACAUGACAUUGGCUGCGAUGAUUUUGCUGUUCCCGGCGUAUGUUCGGACCCCAUCGCGGUCCGCCUACGGCCAAGAUCCAUAACAGUGUAGUGGCCAUGUCUCGGAUGCCUAGUCAGGCAUCUCAUGGAUGUCAUAUCAAGGCUUCAUACGUGGGUUUUCUUCUUGUUGAUAUCACUAUGAUCGUACAGUGCAUUUAUUGCUGGCUUUCAAUAACUGUCCUAUUUUGUUAUGCAUUAUCUCGGUUGUUACAUACUCCUAUUAGGCGUUUCAAGUCUAUGCAUCAUUGGAAAAUUUUGGUCGUUAUUCGAUACCUGUCCCACCUCGAUUUCAAACACUUCUCCAUGGGGCAGACCAUCUUUUGGUGGUGUCAGCGCAACACACCAAGCCCUCAAGUCAUGUCCAAAAAUCGAAUCCCUUUUUCUUCGGUUCAGGGGGCGGAAGAGCGAAGUCAGCUCCGAGCGCCGUCUCCUACUGAAUAACCACCAGCAAGCUGUCCAUGAACGUGCCUCGGCCAGUGUGCUGCCGAUUAAGAGGCACACGACGCCGGAAGCGCCCUGCGGACAUGAGGCUUCUCAAGCUAGGUAAACAGCUUGCGCCGUAAGAUAAUGCAGUACUCUUCUUUUAUAUCGAUUUUUCUACGUUGAGCAUGGUGUUAGACAAAGGACGAGCAGGUCUCACGGUUGGCUUCUUAACUGGAGAGAAUGCAGUGCAGUAAUCAGUAUUAGCUAGCACGUAGUCACGGUCCAUACCCUCGGGAUGCACGGCCAUAAUAGAACACACACACACACACACACGCCCUGACCUUGCCUUAGAGGCGAUUUCUUUUCC